AUGAAGGCAGAGAGCAAAGACUUCGCUCCCAACACCGAUCCUUGGGGAUUAAAAUCUAGGAUUAAAAAAAAGAUUUGCCUAUUGUAUAGAAAAGAAAGGGAGAUCGAUUCCAUCUUUCUACUGGGGGAGAUUCUGCCCGAUAAUGUGGAAUCGCCAGGUUCGCUUCUUGCUUCUCUGGGCUUUCACUGUUUCCCCCUCAACGCUCUCCCUAAUCUUCUACGGUCACAGAUUUUUGAAUCUCUCACAAAUUCCUCAACGCAACAGCCUUGGCAAAAAGCUUCAUCGCGUUAUAUAGCCUGUUAUAACCUGUCCCAUCCCGCGGAAGAGUAA